CACGUGUGUGUGGAUACGGAGUGCAUGUGUGGAGACAGAGGACUAUGCUCCAACAAAUUUCGGAUAGAGGCGCCGAGGACAGGACGUGGGGAAGGUAGGAGCCGCGUGCACGGCUCCGGCCCCGGGCGGGAGGCGGCCGCGAGCCGGGCCGGCCGCGCGCAAGUCCGGCGCCAGCCGCUAGAGCCCCCAGUGCGCGGCCCGGCCGCGGGGCGCCUCGACCCGACACAAUAAACUCCGAGGGCGGGCGGGCCGAGAGGCCAGUGGGACCGAGCGGCCGCCCCGCGCAGCAUCGCCAUGUGAGCGGCUGCCGCGGCCUCGCGGGGACCCAACUUUCCCGGGCGGCGGCGCCCAACUUCCCGCCGCCGGCUCCGGCCCCGCAGGCCCGCGGCGCCAGGGGGAGACGCGACUAAAGAAGUAAACAGGUCAUGGCACGUUUAACAAAAAGACGACAGGCGGAUACAAAAGCUAUCCAGCAUCUUUGGGCAGCCAUUGAGAUUAUACGGAACCAGAAGCAAAUUGCCAACAUUGACCGUAUUACAAAGUAUAUGUCUCGAGUCCACGGUAUGCAUCCUAAAGAGACCACCCGUCAGCUGAGCUUAGCUGUGAAAGAUGGUCUUAUUGUCGAAACUCUAACAGUGGGCUGCAAAGGUUCAAAAGCUGGUAUUGAACAAGAAGGAUAUUGGUUGCCAGGAGAUGAGAUUGACUGGGAAACAGAAAAUCAUGACUGGUAUUGUUUUGAAUGCCAUUUGCCUGGAGAGGUGUUGAUAUGUGACCUGUGUUUUCGUGUGUAUCAUUCCAAGUGUUUGUCUGAUGAGUUCAGGCUUAGAGACAGCAGUAGUCCCUGGCAGUGCCCAGUUUGCAGGAGCAUUAAGAAGAAGAAUACAAACAAACAGGAGAUGGGCACAUACCUGAGAUUCAUUGUCUCCCGCAUGAAGGAGAGGGCUAUAGAUCUUAAUAAAAAGGGGAAGGACAAUAAACACCCGAUGUACAGAAGGCUGGUGCACUCAGCUGUGGACGUUCCCACCAUUCAAGAGAAAGUGAAUGAAGGGAAAUACCGAAGUUACGAAGAGUUCAAAGCUGAUGCCCAACUGCUUCUCCACAAUACCGUGAUAUUCUAUGGAGCAGACAGUGAGCAAGCUGACAUUGCGAGGAUGCUGUAUAAAGACACGUGUCAUGAGCUGGAUGAACUGCAGCUUUGCAAGAAUUGCUUUUACUUGUCAAAUGCUCGUCCUGACAACUGGUUCUGUUAUCCUUGUAUACCUAAUCAUGAGCUGGUUUGGGCUAAAAUGAAAGGUUUUGGGUUUUGGCCAGCCAAGGUCAUGCAGAAAGAAGACAAUCAAGUCGACGUUCGCUUCUUUGGCCACCACCACCAGAGGGCCUGGAUUCCUUCUGAAAACAUUCAAGAUAUCACAGUCAACAUUCAUCGGCUGCACGUGAAGCGCAGUAUGGGUUGGAAAAAGGCCUGUGAUGAGCUGGAGCUGCAUCAGCGUUUCCUACGAGAAGGGAGAUUUUGGAAAUCGAAGAAUGAGGACCGAGGUGAGGAAGAGGCAGAAUCCAGUAUCUCCUCCACCAGUAAUGAGCAGCUAAAGGUCACUCAAGAACCAAGAGCAAAGAAAGGACGACGUAAUCAAAGUGUGGAGCCCAAAAAGGAAGAACCAGAGCCUGAAACAGAAGCAGUAAGUUCUAGCCAGGAAAUACCCACAAUGCCUCAGCCAAUCGAAAAAGUCUCCGUGUCAACUCAGACUAAGAAGUUAAGUGCCUCUUCCCCAAGAAUGCUGCAUCGGAGCACCCAGACCACAAAUGAUGGCGUGUGUCAGAGCAUGUGCCAUGACAAAUACACGAAGAUCUUCAACGACUUCAAAGACCGGAUGAAGUCGGACCACAAGCGGGAGACAGAGCGUGUUGUCCGCGAAGCUCUGGAGAAGCUGCGUUCUGAAAUGGAAGAAGAAAAGAGACAAGCUGUAAAUAAAGCUGUAGCCAACAUGCAGGGUGAGAUGGACAGAAAAUGUAAGCAAGUAAAGGAAAAGUGUAAGGAGGAAUUUGUAGAAGAAAUCAAGAAGCUGGCAACACAGCACAAGCAACUGAUUUCUCAGACCAAGAAGAAGCAGUGGUGCUACAACUGUGAGGAGGAGGCCAUGUACCACUGCUGCUGGAACACGUCCUACUGCUCCAUCAAGUGCCAGCAGGAGCACUGGCACGCGGAGCACAAGCGCACCUGCCGCCGGAAAAGAUGAAGCUGGGCCUUCCCGGAGCCACCCCGACGGUCACUCUUUUCAGACACAGCGGUUUUUGUUUCCAAGAAGCCAAAAUUGUUUAGAAUUUGCUUCCCAUUUUGCACCAGCCUUUAAACACUUUUCGUGAAGAAAUUUUGCACAGUAGUUUAAAUCUUUUGUUAAUGCUCCUCCGAAGUUUUUCAGGGGGUAAAAGUAACAUCAGUGGAGGGUAUUAUUUUAAAUAAAUUUUAAUUGAGAAUUUGUUGCAUUUUCAGCAAAUUUUAAAACAUUUUUAGGUUUUACAGAGAUUUUAACCUUUAAACAACAGAUCUUUAAAAAACAGGUGAAUACAAGUGAGUUUAACAAAGAAACAUUUAGAAUAGAUCUGAAUGUAAGAACUACAGAACUGUUUCAGAAAUAAAACAUACUACCUUGAUGUGACAUUUUUUUCUUAACCUUGUUGAGCUGGUUUUGUUCAGCUUAAUUUACUGUUCAAAGGCAUUAUCUGUUGGUCACACCAGUGGGUAUAUGAUUGAAUUUAGGGAACAGGGUUGACACAGCAGGGCUAGUCCUGCAUAUUUUUUCUUAAAUAUUUCCCAAUUGUGUUUUUCAUUAUUUCUUUUCAAUAUAUAACUUUUAUAACAAAUUAUUAGCUUUGAUCUUGUAGUUUAAAAUUGCAGGGAACUGGGCUUAUCUUUUACUGAGCUGGAUCUUAGAGAAAAUGAAUAUUUAAAUUUUAAAGUUUGCACAUUUCAUCUUUGUCCUAACAUGAGUGCUUGUAACAAAAUAAACAACAAAAACAAAGCCAAAAACUACCUUUAUCCAUAUGUGAAAUUAUAGAUGAGGCAUACGAAUUUGUUUAAUGCUUCCCUUCCCUUCCCACAUAUCAUCUCACUGCCUAUUAUCUGGUGUCACCUCAUGUAUUGUAAGUUAAUACUAAAAGAAGAGAAAGCACUUAAGUUUCACAGAAGCCGUUAUGUUUGUAGUAAUGGGUCAUUGCCUACUAAUGAACUCCAUCGCUGUACACAGAAUGAAGAAUAAUGCAUGUUAAUUUUCUUGUAUUAAAGAUGCCGUGAUUUGUAAAAA